AUGCAUAAAUUAUUAAAAGAAGUUGUAAAAGUCUACACCUAGUUCUAAAGAUUGGGUCCAACCUAUUUAGACACAUUUGAUAAUCGAGCUAUUACUGAAGCCACCUUCGAAGCUGUUAAAACGAAAUAAUUAUAAGAAUAUAUCAAGAAGGAAUUUAAACCUAUUGGAGACAUUUCCAUGUUACCUAUACAUCUAGAACCAGAACACCGUUUCACUAUAGCAAUGUUUGCAUUGAGACCAGGAGUUAGAAUGCCUUUACAUGAUCAUCCCAACAUGUUCGUUUUGAGUCAUGUUAUGAAUGGAUUGGGGGAAAGAGAAUCAUGGGACAUAGAUCCUAUUGACCACCAUUAACAAAUUGAGUUCAGAAAAACCAAAGGAGAUUCUAGAAUUUUGAAGGCACUUCAACAUCCAAAAUUAUAACUAAAAGAAGGUGAUAAUUGCUACACAACUCCAAAUAAGUGCAACUUACACAAGUUUUCUAAUAUUCACAAAUCUGAACUAUUCAUGUUCCUUGAUGUUAUCUUGCCUCAUUAUAAUGGAGUUGAUAGAGUCAUCAACUUCUACGAACCAUUUAGUCAAGACUAAUUGGAAUUGAUGGGAAAUCCUAAAACCUAUUAGAGACAUCCCAUUGAUGUUGAUGAUAUCAGAGAGUUUAUUGUUUAAUGAAAUUUAGACUUUAUUCCUAUGAUUUAUCAUUACGUAAUAAAUUAGCUAUAAAUUAAAUCU